AUGGACGAAAUAGAGAAGCUUCAGCUUUUGUCGCUGGUGUCGAAGAUAUGCACAGAGCUGGAGAACCACCUCGGCGCGGGCAUGAGCGACAAGGUGCUGGCCGAAUUCAUCGUCGACAUCGCGGAAAAGAACCCCACCCUGCCUGCCUUCUCGGGGGCGCUGUCCGAGAAUGGAGCCGAUUUUCCCGAGGUUCUGGUCGAGAAGCUCUUCCACAUCAUCCAGCGAAUGAAGCCAUCGAAGGCGCAGAGCGGGGGUAGUGCGGCCCCUGCGCAAGUGGCUGCGGCCCAUUCGAAUGUGCUAGCCAACCAAUUCCCUGGCCUCGCCGUGCCAGACAACUACGCCGCUCGCAUGAUGAAGAUCGUUGAGGAGGAAGAGCCUGUCCCUCCGGUGGCAGACGAUAGAAAGCGAAAGCGGGAGGACGAUCACGAGCCGGCUUCGAGGGAUCGCGAGAGGGGAGAUCAUCACAGCAGAGACAGAGAGCGGGACGGGAGGGGAAGGGACGACGAUAGGGGCAGGCGAGGUAGAGAUGACGAUUAUGAUAGAGAUAGGAGGGAUCGAGAUCGAAGCCGCAGGAGCCGCAGCCCCGAUCGCCACGGUCGCGACCGUGAUCGAGACAGGCCAGCGUUCAAGCCGCCCGCGCGAGACGAUGAUGAGCCGGUCAAGUACAAGAUUUACGACGGCACUGUGCGAACCGUCAAGGAAUUCGGAUGCUUCGUGUCGCUGGAAGGCGUGCGCGGCCGCAAGGAGGGCCUCGUGCACGUGUCCGAAAUCCGAGCGGGUGGUCGCCUCACCAACGCCAACGACGCCAUCAAGCGUGGCGAGAAGGUGAAAGUGAAGGUGCUCGGCGUGGCCGGCGAGAAGGUCAGCUUGACCAUGCGCGAGGUCGACCAGCAGACGGGCAAGGACCUGCUGCCGCGCAAGACCGACGAGGACACCAGCCACAACCCCAGCGCGCCCAACGUGCGGGUACGAUCGCGCGCCGAAGAGGACGAGUCCACGCCGCACCGCCCGAUCAAGCGCAUGUCGUCGCCCGAGAAGUGGGAGUGGAAGCAGCUCGCCGCUGCCGGCGUGGUCGACGCGCGCGAGAUGCCCGGCUUCGACGAGACCAACGGCGUACUCAACAACGUCGAGGAGAACGAGGAGGAGCUCGAGGUGGAGCUAAGCGAGGUCGAGGCGCCCUUCCUGCGUGGCCAGACGCGCUUCAGCCACAUUCAGCUGUCGCCGAUCAAGGUGGUGCGCAACCCCGACGGCUCCCUCCAGCGUGCGGCCAUGACCCAGUCGGCCCUGUCCAAGGAGCGACGCGAGCUGCGUGACGAGCAGCGCAAGCAGAUGCUCGACUCCAUCCCCAAGGAUCUCAACCGUCCCUGGGAAGAUCCCAUGCCCGAGCCCGGCGAGCGUCACAUCGCCCAGGAGCUGCGCGGCAUCGGCGCGCCCACCUACGAGCUGCCCGAGUGGAAGAAGAACUACCUCGGCGGCUCCAACGCCCGCUACGGUCAGGCCACCAAGACCUCGAUCAUCGAGCAACGCGAGAGCCUGCCGAUCUUCAAGCUGCGCGAGGAGCUCCUCAAGGCCAUGCACGACAACCAAUUGCUGGUCGUCAUCGGCGAGACGGGAUCCGGCAAGACGACGCAGAUGACGCAGUACCUGGCCGAAGCCGGCUACGCCUCGCGUGGCAUGAUCGGGUGCACGCAGCCCAGGCGUGUGGCUGCCAUGUCCGUCGCCAAGCGCGUGGCCGAAGAAUUCGGUUGCCGCCUGGGCCAGGAGGUCGGCUACGCCAUCCGUUUCGAGGACUGCACCAGCCCGGAGACCAAGAUCAAGUACAUGACCGACGGUAUGCUGCUGCGCGAGUGCCUCCUCGACCCCGAUCUGUCCAAGUACUCGGUGCUCAUGCUCGACGAGGCCCACGAGCGCACCAUCCACACGGACGUCCUCUUCGGCCUGCUGAAGAAGGCGACGCAGAACCGCCCCGACCUCAAGCUCAUCAUCACGUCGGCCACGCUCGAUGCCGAGAAGUUCUCCACCUACUUCAGCAACUGCCCCAUCUUCACCAUCCCCGGCCGCACGUUCCCCGUCGAGAUCCUCUACACCAAGUCGCCCGAGACCGACUACCUCGACGCGGCUCUCAUCACCGUCAUGCAGAUCCAUCUCUCCGAGCCGCCCGGCGACGUCCUGCUCUUCCUUACGGGUCAGGAGGAGAUCGACACGGCGUGCCAGAUCCUCUACGAGCGAAUGAAGUCGCUCGGCCCGAUGGUGCCCGAGCUGGUCAUCCUGCCCGUCUACUCGGCCCUGCCCUCCGAGAUGCAGACGCGAAUCUUCGAGCCGGCGGCCAGGGGCUCGCGAAAGGUGGUCGUGGCCACCAACAUUGCCGAGACGUCGGUCACUAUCGACGGCAUCUACUACGUCGUCGACCCGGGCUUCGUCAAGCAGAAGGUCUACAACCCGAAGAUGGGGAUGGACUCGCUCGUCGUAUGCCCGAUCUCGCAGGCGGCCGCGAGGCAGAGGGCCGGCCGUGCCGGACGAACAGGCCCCGGUAAGUGCUACCGGCUGUACACGGAGGGCGCCUACAAAAACGAGAUGCUGCCGACGUCGGUGCCCGAGAUCCAGCGCACGAACCUGGCCAACACGGUGCUCACGCUCAAGGCGAUGGGCAUCAACGACAUGCUGGGCUUCGACUUCAUGGACCCGCCGCCGGUGCAGACGCUGAUCGUGGCCAUGGAGCAGCUCUACUCGCUGGGCGCGCUCGACGAGGAGGGCCUGCUCACGCGCCUCGGGCGCAAGAUGGCCGAGUUCCCGCUGGAGCCGCAGCUCUCGAAGAUGCUCAUCACGUCGGUCGAGCUGGGCUGCGCCGACGAGAUCCUCACGGUGGUGGCCAUGCUCUCGGUGCAGAACGUCUUCUACCGACCCAAGGAGAAGCAGGCGCAGGCCGACCAGAAGAAGGCCAAGUUCCACCAGGUCGAGGGCGACCACCUCACCCUGCUCGCGGUCUACGAGGCGUGGAAGAGCAACAACUUCUCCAACCCGUGGUGCUACGAGAACUUCAUCCAGGCCCGGUCGAUGCGUCGCGCCCAGGACAUCCGCAAGCAGCUUCUCACCAUCAUGGACCGCUACAAGAUGGAGGUAACCUCCGCCGGCAAGAACUACAGCGCCGUGCGCAAGGCCAUCGUCAGCGGCUUCUUCGCCCACGCCGCGCGCAAGGACCCCCAGGAGGGCUACAAGACCCUCACCGAGGGCCAGCCUGUAUAUAUCCACCCGUCGUCGGCCCUCUUCCAGAAGAACCCCGAGUGGGUCAUCUACCAGGAGCUCGUCCUCACCACCAAGGAGUACAUGCGCGAGGUCCUCAUGAUCGAACCCAAGUGGCUCGUCGAGUUCGCCCCCAAGUUCUACCGCGUCUCCGACCCGACCAAGCUCUCCAAGCGCAAGCGCCAGGAGAAGGUCGAGCCCCUCUUCGACAAGUACCGCGAGCCCAACGCCUGGCGUCUCAGCAAGAGGCGCGGCUGA